CCUGUUCGUUAAUUUUCGGGGCACUAGAACACGCGUUGCUGUUGCUUUUGUUGCUGCUCCUGCUCUGGUGUCGGCAGUGGCAAGGACGAAGUAGACGAAGCGCUUUCGAAUGAAGUCCCUCCUUUUUUUGCAACUUGUUGGCUCUGCAUGAAAAUGGAAAAUCAGUAGCACGCGUCCUGCUCCCAAGUGAAGAACAUCUCGCGGAACGGAAACCGAUGGACUUUCAUCUCUGAAAGAAAAAGGGAUUUCGCUCAGAAAUCGCUGAACACCAAUUAAUGAAAGCCAAGAGCAAACUUUCAAUUGAGUUUUGUGUCGUCGCCGUUGUUCCCGUGUUCCUGUGUAUUAUUUGUACGGUUGUUUGAGUGCUUUUUCCUGUCCCUGUGACUCUGCAAUAUGGCCAAGUGUUUUUGUUGGCUUUCCUGAAUGAAAUAAUAUAGCAAGAAACCAAAACGAAAAUGUUUAACAAGUUUGGGCCCAACGCUCAGUAAUCCCUUUCUUUUUGUAGCUGUCAUUUUUGUGGCUUAUAGAGUGAAACAACGCCAAAGAACACAAUAAAAUAAAAGCGAGCUUCAGUGGCCUGGUAAUUGGCAAAAGAUGAGUGGCCUGGGUCCUGCAGCCUGCUGGCUGGCCCAUAAGCGCAUCGAAUCCUGGUCCCGGAUGGCCAAGGAGCGUGUGGGUGCGGUGCGGCGGGUUACCCUCGAUAGGAAUUCGGCGGACGAGAGCAGUGCCAGUGGGAGUGGUGCUGCCUCCACUGCAGGCGCCACUGGCGGGGGUAAUGGGGUGGCGCACACCCUGCCCAUGAUCGGUGAUGGUGGCUCCGGGGGUGGCACCACCCCGCCGCCACAGCCGAUGACUCCGCCGCCCUCGGCCUCGUCGGUCACCUCGACCACCAGCGGCAUUGGCAGCGUAUCGGCCGGUAGUGUCAGCGACAGCUGUGAUUUGCCCACGGACUCUGAGGAAGUAGCCAUUGCCAAGGAAUGCCAGCCCAUCCAACCGGCCAGCCAGAUGCAUGGAAUGGGCGGCAUGGGUCUGAAUCACCAUCACAUGGGCACCGUCUCGGCCACCGGAACGGAAAUCUUGCGCGGACCCGCCGAAGUAUUCCACAGUCCGCUCCACUUGCACCACCAGAGUCGCUCCUUCCCACCGCGUCUCCAACGCACACCGUCCAUCUCCAGCCAGAGCAGCGUGGAUAGUGCUCCAUCCAGGCACUCGGGCCAUCGUGGUUCUUCGCCACAGAUUCGCACCUUUGGACCGGACGGACGCAGCUCGCUACCGAGUGAGCCGGCUUUUCCCCAUCACCUGGCCAGAUCCCCGAGUCCCAUGCGAACCAUUUCCCUGGAUGCCCGUUGUGGAAGCCCCGCUCACUCUGUCACGGAUCCCGGAGACAUGCGUACGCCUAGUCCGUCACAGAGUAGCUUGGCGUCUUUGGCCGGAGCAUCGGCCAUCGUGAGCGGAACUUCCGGAAAGGGUGUGGGUGUGGCCGGAGGUCGAUGCCUUUCGCCGUUGCUGAUACCACCACGAUCGCAGCCAGGAGUGGAUCCCAGUGUGGGUCCCGCCUCGCCCCUGGGCGCUCUACAGCCGGACUUGUAUCGUUUGCCGGACGGACCCGUGUAUCUGACAGCCCCGGAAUCGAGUCAUGCCGUAGGACGAUUGCACCUGCGAGUGAAAUACGAUUAUCACCUGUUUGAUUUGACUGUGCAUCUAAUUGAAGCUCACAAUCUCAGUCCCAUUGAGGAGGGCGGUUUCCGAGAUCCCUAUGUGCGGCUAAUGCUGCAACCGGAAGUGGACAGCCGUAAGCGACAGACCCACAUCCAUCGCGGCGAAUCGAAUCCGUACUUUGACCAGCAUUUCAAGUUUCCGGUUUCCCGUGAUCAGCUCCAGGGCAAGGAGCUGAUCCUCCAGGUGCUCGACUAUGAUCGCUACUCGCACAACGACAUAAUUGGCGAAGUUCGAAUUUCGGUGGAUGGCCUGGAUUUGUCCAAAUCUGUAGAGAUCUGGGGCGACUUGCUGCGGACCAAGAAACCCAAGGAGGAUCGACCGGAACUGUUGUGCUCUCUGAACUACUUGCCUCAAGCUGAACGUUUGACGGUCAACAUCAUGAAGGCCAGGAACUUGGACACUGUUCAGGAACCAUACGUAAAGAUUUAUCUGAUUCAGAAUGGCAAACGCAUCAAGAAAAAGAAGACCAGCAUUACGAAGUCGGACGAUCCCACCAAUCCCAUUUGGAAUGAGGCGUUCACCUUUAAUUUGCAAUCAAAUUAUCUCCACAAUGCAGCCAUCGAGAUCUAUGUGGUGGGAGCUGGGAGCGAGGCAACGGAAAUUGGAUGCUGCGGAUUGGGUCCCCAGGAAAGUGGAACUGGAUGCCAGCACUGGCACGAUAUGAUUAACAAUGCCCGGAAACCCACGGCCAUGUGGCACUACAUCCGUUAAAUAAUUCCCAUUUCCGAGGGUUAAUUGGCGCGAAUGUAUUUAAACUGUAACUGUUACCUUAUCUGUGUGAAUUUUUCAAUGCAUUUUCCAAACAAAAACUAAACAAAGCUUAAAUUGUUCAUAUUCGCAAGAAAAAACAAAAAAAAAAUCAAAAUCUCAUCUAUGAAUGUACAAUAUAUAUUCACUGAAAAUAACUAACUAUAACUAUGCAGAAAUUUGCCCUCCAAGAAGCUCAAUCAAAAGUUCCUAAGCAACGAAAAUAAUUCAAAUGCUGGCAGGAUAAUUGAUAUAACGGAUUUUUGUUGUGCAUUUUAUGCAGCGGCUUAAUAGCGCAACCUCUCAACAAAUUAACAAAACCAUAAAAAAAAACAUCUCAGAAAUAUAAAAGAAUACAGAAAACUGUCAACCAGUCCUGUUGACAUUUCAAUCGACGUCGUCAUCAGACACUUGAGGAGCCUGCCUCCUGCUCCCGCUUGUUAUCCUGCGGAGUAUUCAAGUGUGCAUUUCUUAAAUAAUUAUGAAUACACCGCACACAAGGAAUAAUAUUCGUAUAGGUGAAUGGUCGUCAAUCAUGCAAAAAAAAAAAAAAAGAAUAUAUAAGAAAAUAUGAAGAGGGAAUAGGGUGCCCAACCCUGACUUGAGUUUGCUUAGAAGGAGUCGCUCUUUUGUGACGGCGACAGUUGACAAAUUGCCAUCGUCCUGUAGUACUGUUGUGCCGUUGUCCUUUUGCCGUGUGCGUACUCCAACCAAAACUCUUUUUUUUUUUCCUUCAACUGGUCGUCAACUGUUUGACAGUUUUUCUCCCACAGUGAGUGCAAGCGGGCCAGAACUUAUGCUAAUUGUUAAGUUAAGUAUUCCUUCCAGCCGAGUACGUCUAUGAAAGGGUAACCACAAAGCAUUUCUGCACCACUUUAACCUAUUUUGUAUGUACUUACAACGAGCAUAAAUAAAUGUAAUGAAUUAACGGAUGCGAGCUGGACGGUGGGGUUUGACGAUUUCUUUCACAUAAAUCUAUGAAUCGGUGUUUUCGGUGUUGUCGUACGAUAUAUGUAUGGGAAAUCAGACCCUAUAAUGUGUGUAAUAUAUGCUAUUUAAUCCGUAUAAAUAUCGCAGCAAGCAGCAAACCUAAAUGUAUGAAAUUUAAACUUAAACAAAGACUUGAAAUAUAUAAAUAGCACUGCACGUGUUAACUAGACAAAAGGAUGCAUGCUAGCCGGGUGCCAGCAUAGAAAAAUAUUUAUACAUACAUAUAUACAAAAGACAUAAAUAUAUAUAUUAACUUUACUUAUACAUGUUUUUCUAUAAAAAAAAAUACACCAUUCUAUGAAUUGUUUCAAUCCUAUGACAGACGUCACACAAACAACAUUGCUGACAUCAAAAUAGUAAACCGAAACAACAGAAUAAAUGCUGAAAUACCUCCGAUUUAAGCGAAACUUUGUUACUUUACAACUCUUAGAAAAACACAAAGAUAUGCAAGCAAAAUCUAAAAAAACUUAUAACUUGGAAACCAAAGCGAAAUGUACAAAAAUAUGUUGUAUAUAUGCAUAUACAACAAUAAAUUUCCUAAAACUUAGUGUUUAUUUAUUGUAGCUUGAAGGAGACACUGUUUAAAACUAAACCCUGAAUUGAGGAGUAACACCACCUAAAAUAUAAAUAUACACAUGGAAACUACAAGAACAACCUAUAUUCAUAUGAAUAAAAUGUAUAUGUAAACCUAUAUGUAUGUGGAUUUAAAUUAUUCGAUAAAUAAAUAACU